CCGCCGGAGCCGAGCCCGCGCCGAACCGGCCGAGCCGAACCGUGCGGAGCCCGCGGGGAGCCGCCGUCCGCCCCCCCGCCCCGUCGGACCGAGCUCGGCCGCACCCCGACCCCCUGGCCGCCGCCCCCGCCCGUUCGGCAAGAUGUCGGUGAAGGAGGGCGCGCAGCGCAAGUGGGCGGCGCUGAAGGAGAAGCUGGGGCCGCAGGACGCCGACCCCACGGAGGCCAACCUGGAGAACGCGGACCCCGAGCUCUGCAUCCGGCUGCUGCAGAUGCCCUCGGUGGUCAACUACUCGGGCCUGCGCAAGCGGCUGGAGGGCAGCGACGGCGGCUGGAUGGUGCAGUUCCUGGAGCAGAGCGGCCUGGACCUGCUGCUCGAGGCCCUGGCGCGCCUGUCGGGCCGCGGCGUGGCCCGCAUCGCCGACGCCCUGCUGCAGCUCACCUGCGUCAGCUGCGUGCGCGCCGUCAUGAACUCGCCGCCCGGCAUCGAGUACAUCCUCAGCAACCAGGCCUACGUGCGCCAGCUCUCCCAGGCUCUGGACACAUCUAACGUGAUGGUCAAGAAGCAGGUGUUUGAGCUGCUGGCCGCCCUGUGCAUCUACUCGCCGGAGGGCCACGCCCUGGCCCUGGACGCCCUGGACCACUACAAGACGGUGUGCAGCCAGCAGUACCGCUUCAGCGUCAUCAUGACGGAGCUGUCCGGCAGCGACAACCUGCCCUACGUGGCCACCCUGCUCAGCGUGGUCAACGCCAUCAUCCUGGGCCCCGAGGACCUGCGCGCCCGCACCCAGCUGCGCGGCGAGUUCGUCGGGCUGCAGCUGCUGGACGUCCUGACACGGCUCCGGGACCUGGAGGACGCCGACGUGCUGAUCCAGCUCGAGGCCUUCGAGGAGGCCAAGGCGGAGGACGAGGAGGAGCUGCUGCAGGCGUGCGGGGGCGUCGACAUGAGCAGCCACCAGGAGGUCUUCGCGUCCCUGUUCCACAAGGUGAGCCGCUCCCCGGCGUCGGCCCAGCUGCUGUCCGUGCUGCAGGGCCUCCUGCUCCUGGACCCCGGGCUGCGCUCCAGCCAGCUGCUCUGGGAGGCGCUGGAGCGCCUGGUGAACCGGGCCGUGCUCCUGGCCAGCGACGCCCAGGAGUGCACCCUGGACGAGAUGGUCGAGCGGCUCGUGUCCGUCAAGAGGCGGCCCGGCCCGAGCUCCCUGGACAAGGCCCACAAGAGUGUCCAGGCCAACCUAGGCCAGAGCCGGAGGGGCAGCUCCCCCCAAAACACGGGCGCCCCGAAGGCGGGUGUGGAGGGCCAGCAGCCAGCAGUGACCCUCGCUGGCCUGCGGGCCGUCAGCGUCCAGAGUUCGAGCAGCGAGCAGACAGCGGCUCUGGAACAGCUGAUGCCCACCCCACCCCUGCCAGCACCCAGCUCCCCCGGCUCCACCGCCCCGCCCCCGCCCCCUCCCCCACCCCCACCCCUGCCAGGUCCAGCGACCUCAUUCCCCCCACCCCCACCUCCCCCACCCCCACCCCCACCCCUGCCAGGUCCAGCGACCUCAUUCCCCCCACCCCCACCUCCCCCUCCACCACCCCCACCCCUGCCAGGCCUGGGGACCUCGUUCCCCUCACCCCCUCCACCCCCCCCAUUGCCUGGCCUGAGUGGGACUGUACCCCCUGCACCUCCACCACCCCCGGGCAUGGGGUGCCCGCCCCCGCCCCCACCCCUGCCGGGCUUCGCUGCCCCCCCUGCCCUGGGCGGCGUGGAGGAGGUCAUUGUGGCCCACGUGGACCACAGCCUGGGCUCCGCCCGGGUCCCCAGCCACCGGCAGGUCAACCCCCCGACACUGCGCAUGAAGAAGCUGAACUGGCAGAAGCUGCCGUCCCACGUGGCACAAGAGCACAGCUCCAUGUGGGCCGCGCUGGGCAGCCUGGGCGCCCAGGUGGAGCCCGACUUCUCCAGCAUCGAGCAGCUCUUCUCCUUCCCCGUGGCCAAGCCCAAGGAGCCGGCGGCGGCCCCGGCCAGGAAGGAGCCCAAGGAGAUCACCUUCCUGGACUCCAAGAAGAGCCUGAACCUCAACAUCUUCCUGAAGCAGUUCAAGUGCUCCAACGAGGAGGUCGCCGCCAUGAUCCGAGCGGGGAACACGGCCAAGUUUGACGUGGAGGUGCUCAAGCAACUCCUCAAACUCCUUCCCGAGAAGCACGAGAUCGAAAACCUGCGCUCCUUCACGGAGGACCGCGCCAAGCUGGCCAGCGCCGACCAGUUCUACCUCCUGCUGCUGGGCAUCCCCUGCUACCAGCUGCGGGUGGAGUGCAUGCUGCUGUGCGAGGGCACGGCCGUGGUGCUGGACCUGGUGCGGCCCAAGGCCCAGCUGAUGCUCAGCGCCUGCGAGAGCCUGCUCUCCAGCCGCCUGCUGCCCGUCUUCUGCCAGCUGAUCCUGAGGAUCGGGAACUUCCUCAACUACGGCAGCCACACGGGGAACGCGGACGGCUUCAAGAUCAGCACGCUGCUGAAGCUCACGGAGACCAAGUCCCAGCAGAGCCGCGUGACGCUGCUGCACCACGUGCUGGAGGAGGUGGAGAAGAGCCACCCGGAGCUCCUGCAGCUGCCCCGAGACCUGGAGCAGCCCGCCCAGGCGGCAGGGAUCAACCUCGAGAUCAUCCGCUCCGAGUCCAGCGGCAACCUGAAGCGGCUGCUGGAGAUGGAGCGGAAGGUGGCGGCCUCCGAGCCCGAGGUGCGGGAGCAGUACGCCCAGCGCCUGCAGGCCAGCGUCGAGGCCUCCCAGGCGCUGGAGCAGGUGUUCGAGGCCGUGGAGCAGAAGAAGCUGGCGUUGGCCAGCUACCUGUGCGAGGACGCCCAGCAGCUGAGCCUGGAGGACACGUUCAGCACCAUGAAGGCCUUCCGGGACCUCUUCCUCCGCGCCCUGAAGGAGAACAAGGACCGGCAGGAGCAGGCGGCCAAGGCCGAGAGGAGGAAGCGGCAGCUGGCGGAGGAGGAGGCGCGGAGGCCGAGGGGCGAGGACGGGAAGCCUGUCAGGAAGGGCGGCAAGAAGCAGGAGGAGGUGUGUGUCAUCGACGCGCUGCUGGCCGACAUCAGGAAGGGCUUCCAGCUGCGGAAGACGGCGCGCGGCCGCGGCGACGGGGACGGGGGCAGCCGGUCGGCCGCUGCAGGCCCCCCGCGGGACACCGCGCCUGUGGCCUCCAGCGGCCCCCCAGGAGGCCCCAGGGGCGGCACCAGCAGCUCGGCCUCCGGGCCUGGUCUCGACGUGGUGGCAGCCAGGCCGCCCCAGGACUGGGACCUCGCGGACGCCACGGCCCCCAGCCCGCAGCCCCCUGCAGACCCGGCGGAGGAGGCCGGCCCCGGGCCCCGGGAGAGGCGGUCCUCCUGGUACGAGGACGCCAGCGAUGUCCUGCCCACGGAGGACCCCCUGAGCUCCCCGCCCCCGGCAGCGGCCUGGCCCGUGGUGCUGGGGGACGCGCGGGCCCUGGAGCCCCUCCCGUUCUCCAGCGAGAAGCCCCCUGAGGCCCCCACAGCCCCCCGAGGCGUCAGCAGGGCCGAAGCUGACAGCACAGGAGCGGGGCCGGCGGCCACGGCUGCCCUCGGCGGAGGAGGCGGCCCUCCCGCUGCAGCGCCCGGCGGGGACGAGGACCGGGAAGACGCCGCCCCAGAUUCCGCGCUGGACACGUCCCUGGACAGGUCCUUCUCCGAGGACUCGGUGGCCGACUCCUCGGGGUCCGGCACCCUCCCCAGGGCCCAGGGCCGGGCCACGAAGGGGACGGGCAGGCGGAGGAAGAAGCGCCCGACUCGGACUCAGGAAGGCCUCAGGCCCAAGCCCAGAGCCAAGUGAGGGCCCGCGGGCGGCCUCCACGCAGCAGGGCCUGGGCGCACUGCUGAGCCGGGAGCGCCAGGGCCGGGCAGGGACUGGGCCUGGGACAACGGACCUCAUGCCUUACCCAGCCAGGGGCGUGGUCCCCAAAGCCUCAGGGGCGCGGGGGCCGCCUGGCACCUGGACUGCCCGCCUCGCACUCUGGACUGCCCGCCUCGCACUCUGGACUGCCCGCCUGGCACCUCGACUGCCCGCCUCGCACCCUGGACUGCCCGCCUCGCACUCUGGACUGCCCGCCUGGCACCCUGGACUGCC